AUGGAAUUAUUAUCAUUACAAGUAAAUAGUGAACCUAUUAAAUAUAAAGAAUAUUGUCAUUCUCAUUUUAAUGGAUUUAGUACAGAAUUCCCAAUUUACCUUAGUAGUGUAAUUGAUCCUUGCGAAUAUUAUGAAAUUAUUAAAAGUAUAAACAAUAACUCCAUUAGAAAAUUGGAUACACCAGUUUUAAAUAGUAUGUUAACAACAGGAAGUGUAUUUUCAUAUCUAUUCAUCGGUUUACCAGUGUUAACAGGUGCUUUAAUAGGUAAUAAAGUAAUUUAUAAUAAAUAUAACAAAAAGUUAAAAAAAGAUUUAGUUAAAACUUUAAAUGAAAUUAAUAAUAAUCCAAAAAUUAUGGAAAAGAAUAUUCAAUUUACAUUAAUUGAAAAUAAAAAAACAAAAAGAAGUAUUGAAUAUAAUAUUCAAUUAAAUUGCUAUGUUACAGAUUCUCAAAAGAAAUUAAUACAACAACAAAAAAAUAUAAUUGCACAACAACAAAUUGAACAACAAAUUCAACAACAAACUAGACAACAGCAACAACAACAACAAAAUGAUAGAAGAAAUAGUAUUAGAAAUUUGACUAGAAAUGCUACAAACCCAAGUGGAAUGAACCAAUCACCAUUAGGAAGAGUUAAUAAAAGACUAAUUGAUGGUAUUCCUAUUGAUUCUGGUUCUCCAUUUAACCAUAAAAAAUAA